AUGGCCAACGACGACGAGUUUCACGAUUUCUACAAAUAUACCCCGUCAAAGCCAGCGGCUAUCACCUUUAUUGCCUUAUUUUUGAUAUCCUCUGCCGCUCACCUCUUCCAGCUUGUUAGAGGCCGCGUUUGGUUUUUUGUGCCUCUGGUUGUUGGUGGUAUAUUCGAGAUAGUUGGAUUUAGUGGUCGAAUUAUCUCCAGUACUGAAGCUCCUUUGUUUACGGACACUCCCUACAUAAUCCAGAACCUCUUCCUCCUUCUGGCUCCCGCUUUGUUCGCCGCUUCUAUAUACAUGGAGCUUGGACGUCUUAUCCUUGUGCUGGAAGGAGAACAACAUUCUAUUGUUCGCCGAACCUGGAUGACAAAGAUAUUUGUUACUGGAGAUGUCUUAUCAUUCUUAGCGACACCGUCCCGGGAUAUGAUUGGACAAGAACAGUUAGCUAACGUGACCUAUAUACUCCGUAUAGGUGGUGGAAUUAUGGCAAGCGGAAAACCCUCGAACCUGUCCCUUGGCGAGAAAGUUGUCGUGGUCGGCUUGAUAAUUCAAAUUCUCUUCUUCGGCUUCUUCAUCAUCGUCUCCGUCAUUCUUCAUCUCCGAAUGAAUACCCAUCCAACCACUGCCUCGUUAUCCCUAGGCUUCUCGUGGCGCAAAUAUCUCUAUGGCCUUUAUGCGGUUUCUAUCCUUGUCAUGGUGCGUUCUGUUUUUCGGGUUGCUGAAUUCGCACAAGGCUCAAACGGGACACUAUUGAAGCACGAGGUUUACCUUUACGUAUUCGAUGCUGCGUUGAUGUUUAUUUUGAUGGUGAUAUUGAAUGUGGUUCAUCCGGGUGUUAUCUCGGCCUUGGCUCGGGGAAAGGUGGCUCUGAAGACAACGGAUACCCUGGAGAUGCAACCGGGACGGGAUGAUUUGACUGGACCACGAGGGGUUGAACCUACCACCAUGCGCCCAAGUUUUACCGAGUCCACCUAUGUAAGACAUGCUAUUGCGACGAGGGGCUUGGCAUAA